UAUUUUUUAGCUUUGACUUUUUUGUCAAGGAUUUAAAGGAGCUGUCUCAUCUUGCAGAUCCUCCUCACAACUUUUUCUGCCAAGCCAGUGUAAAUUAGUAUUAACUUCUCAAGAUUUUGGAUCAGAUCUGGAGGCUGAUUAAGAACUUGAACUAAGUUAUGACAGCUCUCAACUUUCUUGUUGAUCUCUAUAUGAAAAUUUAUGUGACAAAAGUAGAAUUUCAAGCUACUAAGAAUGCAUCUCUUUAGAGCUAGAGAAUAAUCAGGCACAGCAUUCCGGUCAAUCAUUCACCUUCCAAACUCAAUUGUCCUGAUGUCUUUGGAAGGCUGAAGAUCCUCUUGAAUUGGGCUUGAUCAAUGCUAAACUAGUCCAAUCUGAACACCUUGGUAAGGAUCAAGGAAGCAAGCUAUAAUUCUUUGAGGCAACCCCCAAUGUUGAUCUCAUUUUUGUUUGUGUUAUUUAUGGCUGAAUAGCAUAAAUGGAGACUAUCAGUUUUCUUGCUAAACUUGUCAAAGACAUUUUUUCUGACCAUCUUCCCAUCAUUUUUGUUGUAGGUAAAAUUAAAGAUGCUACAUGUAGGAAUAUGAAAAUUUAUAUUCUUUUAAGAAUUUGCUGAUCUCUUGUAUUUUGAGUAUUAAUCCUGAAAUUUAUUUUAGAAUUGAAGGCUUUAAGAAGGCACCCAUUUUGUUCAUAUUUAGACAGCAAUAACUUUCUGAAUAGAUUAUAAACCCUGAUCUUAAUGCUAAUACUUUGAAUUUUAUAUUUCAAAAAAACAACCUUUAUUGCUCUAAUAAGAUUUGGAUUUUUUACGAUCCAUAAGAAAAGACAAGCCAUAAUUGCCCUAUUUCAUCAGAUCUCUCUUGGAAAAAUUAUAUAUUGAUUUUAAAUCCUUGAAUUAGCUUAAUAAGCCCUUAAAGAUAGAUUUUCAUUGAAAUCACACCUAUUUCAGUGAUAAAAUAAGAGGUAACAGCUUUCAUCAUCAGUUUUAAACCUUGUCCCCCUUUAUCUCAACAUUAUUCAAGUCCUGCAACUCAGAAUGAGUCUAUUAUUUUUCUUCCUAAAACCCAUAAUCUUUUAAACAAAGAAGACUUUAUGAAAUUCAUGAAAUAUCCCUUAAAGUAUCAGGAAUAUCUCAUGAAUAUUCUUCAAAACAAAUUGAAAGUGAGAGAUGGUCAUCUGCUUUACUAUUUCUUGUAAAACAUUCAGUAAAUGGAUUCAUAAAUGCUCGCAAAUUAAAAAUCGGAAUACUUAUAGCAGCUGAAUUGAGAGAUCAGUCUAUCAUAAAACCAAAAUGUUUAACAUAUACAUUUCUGAAUCUCAAAUUUCACCAAUUAGGUUUCUAUCAAGCCUCUCUGAUUUUGGAAACAUAUAUUUUUCAUAAAGUACAGAAUACUUCUUCUUUAGGGUUGAAUAUAAGAUUUCUGAGAUUCGGUUUGUUGCUUUUGCUCUAAGAUAUGUUUCUCAUGAGCUUUAUGGUCUCUAUCGGACAGGGAUUUACAAAGAAAAACAAGCAUGAAGGCGGUGAGGUUGCUCAUGAACUCCCAAAAUGUGAUACAAGCCUUUAUUUUAGCUUCUUAGCGUUGCUUAUAAUUAAAACAGCUGCUCUCAGAACUUAGUAAAGACCUGCAUCUUGGCUCAGUUGCUCUAAGAGACUUUCUUUGACACCAUUCUGGUUCAUCAUUUCCAGUUCCUUCAUAGUUUCCUCCUUUGGGAGGGGUUUCUCUUCUGAAUGUUGAGGUAAGAUUUU